AGAAUUUGAUAUUGAAUUGUGCUUUUCACAAUGCUGGCCGUGUUGUGCGAGAUAUGUAACGGAAUUACGGCUUAUCUGGAUGGAGUUUGAUUGCUCUUUGUAAUGAACGGCUUCCCAAAGCAUCCCAAAUGAUGCACGGUUGCAGAAAUACUGUCGAUCUUUAUAAUUGGAGGCACUUUUUUGGGACACCCUGUAUAGGGCGUAUUCACUUGGCCAGAUUCCACGAAAGCACGAAAAUCCACGGGAACUUCACCUGAAUUCACCUGCGGGCUGCGACUAAUGAUGCUGAGCACUGAACACAUAUCUGAACAUGAUCGGCGCUGCUCACAUCCGGCCAAAAAUGCGAUCACUGCCAUUCAUCCGUGAGCAAUGGCUCGCGGAAAUCUUUGGCCGGUACGCGGCAGCGACGAACGCACGGGCCGCCGCGCCGGGCCGGCCCGUGUGUUCGGGGUCGGCCCGGCGCGCCAGUCGCCGUGGAGACGCCAUGGAGGGAGCGCAGCUGAUCACCUCGGAGGCGGACUCGCAGAGUUCGAGCCAUGACCGUCGUGGGUUCCGUAUCCCGCUGGCGGUGGGGAGGCUGCCGCAGAGACUCAGCGGCCGGACCACAGUGCUGCUGGUCGCGCUGCUGGCCGGCUCCAUGCUGCUGCUGCACUCGGCCGGAUCCGGACACAUGAGUCCGGCCGCGCUGGGGCAGCACUACAGUCGGAUCCGCAGUGCCGCCCACAGUCAGCUCCGCAGCCUGCUGGGCAGCUCCAGCAGCGAGCCGCUCAGCUCCGUCUACUGCUCGCAGGCGUGCCCGUGCGCCUGCCGGCCGUGGCGGAGGCCGGAGGACGGCGAACCUCCCGAGCCGAUCGUCUCCAACUGCGGGCCCACCGCCGACCGGCGCGGCGCGCGACAGAACGUGCUUGCCUACACCUUCUUUGGCACCAACGUCUCCGCUUACCUGAGCGGCAUCGAGCGGAACGCGAUGCGUUCACUUGAGUUUUACCCAGGAUGGACAAUGCGCGUCUUCCACGACGGCAAAGAUAGCUCCGCAGAAUGGAACAAGACAGCCUGCGAAGUCACUUGCCAGUUUCCGAACGUGGAUUUCUGUGACGUGCGUCGGCUGCCGGGUCUGGGAGACAUCAGUAGCCAGACUGCCACCGUGUGGCGGUUUGCCGUCAUCGCGGACGAAUCGGUCGAACGGUUCGUGAUGCGGGACCUCGACUCCAUCCUGACUAAGAGAGAACGCGACGCUGUGAAUGAGUGGCUCGAGUCCAACAAAACGUUCCACGUAAUGCGGGAUCAUCCGUGGCACGGAGCAGAGAUUCUGGCCGGCAUGUGGGGCGGGUGGAACCGCUACAACGGCAAGUACCGCAUCCUCAGGCAGCAGAUGCUCAAGGCAGUUAACCCUUCCGGAAAGCUCUGGUGGGACCAGCGUCUGCUGAGGACAGUUCUGUGGCCGGAGCUGGUCCGAACCGGGGACGUCAUGUCCCACGACAGCUAUCAGUGUCAAAACUUUCCGCUCACUCAGCCGUACCCGACCAAGCGCGCCAACCUGACAGAGUUUGUCGGCUCGCAGUACACCCGGGUGACGCUGACCGUCCAGAAGGAGUGCCCGAUGGCCUGCAGGCCCCGGAGACAUAUGGACUGGAAGUACUGCUGACACUGCAGUCCCCGUCAGUCACUGCAGCCACUCGACUUCUGCAGUCACUGCUGUCGAGUGCGCACCUUCUCACUUGCCAUUGUAUGGAGACUUUCAAGCCAACUAUUGGGUAUUUUUACUGAUAGCUAACGGUGGCCUAUAAAAUGCCAAUCGUCAGCUGUUUUUUGUUAAUAUUUCUUUGUUAUUAUUGUUGUUGCUGCUGCUGCCUGUUACUGCUGUUGUUGCUGCUGUUACCGUUGUUGUCAUCAUAAGCCGUUUAUUUAUGCAUUUAUUUAUUUUGUAUUGUGUUAAGUGUCGCUCGGCCGUACA